AUGGCAGAGGUUGCAAGUCAAAGUCCAUCAGAUCAGGCGGUGACGCCGCUGGUGGUGGCCACUGUGAUGCUGAACCUGCAGCUUAACACGUUGCUCAAGCCAUACCAGCCUUUCUUCGUCGGUGUAGCAAGGCUGAUCCUGCUCGUGGGGCUGAUUCUGCUGGUGAUCUCCCUCGGCAUCUGGCUCAUCGUCAGUGAGGAUACGACAUCACUCAUCGAUCACAUCCAAAAGCCAUACAACUGGCGGCCUCAUUUCACGCCGCAGUACCCCUCCGGCAGCCGAGAGCAGCUGUACGCGUCUGCCUUGGACCUGUGCUUCCACUGCGGCGAGAAGGUCAACGUCCCGGGCAAGCCGCGGAUCCCCGGCGCGCAUGAUCGUGGACUGCACAACUGCCCGGUGAAGAUGGCCAACGGCAUGCCUACGCCCAUCAUCGUCCCAGACGCCUGGACGCCUCCCCGCAAGCCCGGGUUCAACUGA